AUGGGCUCAAAAUUAGAUGGAGCCAGUCUGGAAAAGGCUUUUGAAGGUCGCCCUGAUCUACAGAAUGCCAUCAAACUCGCUGCAGUUGGAGAUAAUUACAUUGAACUUUUCAAUCAGAUUUCAGUCCACGUCUGCAAAAUCCUACCAGAUCAUUCAGAGCCAGCGUCGAAGAAAAGACGACUAGACGAACCCGUGCCCUCACGUCCUGCGAAUGGCAUAAACAAAAAUGGCGCGACAAAUGAGCCCGCUGCAAGUAGUAGCGAUAAAAUUUUGCUCGAAGUUAAAGACAUAUCGAUUGUUAUACCCCAGCGAAAGAAGUAUACAUUAUGCUUCACAUCUACACAUCUCUACGCUCGACUUCCCGACUCCCCAGAACCCGUAGCAGGUAUAAGCUAUGCGUGGAAAGACAUUGAAUACGCAUUCUGCCUACCCGUCCCCGAAAAGACCCAAAAGCAACACAACUACAUUUUCUUCCCUAAAAACACCAACAUUGUCCCUUCCAAGAAUUCCGGUCCACCACCAUCCUCCGAACCCCUCGUGUUUACGGUUCCCGAAACUCCUCCCAAACCUGGUGUAAUAAGCGGCUCCGAAGCAACUGCGGCAGCAAACGUGUCCGAUGAUCUCAAAACCCUCUUCGAUUGGGCCCUAGCAGCCCGUCUAAAGACAGCCGGAAGAUCAAAUCUCAAAAUCGUACAGGCAGAUCCCAAACUCUUUGCCUCAGAAAUCAGACAAGCACACCGGCCAAAUGAGAAAGCUGUUUUUGUGAAAGCAUUUCGUGGGUCCAAAGAUGGAUAUCUGUUUUUCUUACCAAACGGAAUUCUAUGGGCGUUCAAGAAACCCUUGCAGUUUCUCCCACACGAACGAAUAGCGGCUGUCAGUUACACAAGCGUUCUUCAGCGUACUUUCAAUCUAAGCAUUGAAGUAGACAUGUCAACGGCCUCCAACGGGACUGUCAGUGAUGAAACGGAGGAGUUCGAAUUCAGUAUGCUAGAUCAGGAAGAUUUUGGUGGUAUAGAUACUUUUGUAAAGAGACACGGGUUACAGGACAAGAGUAUGGCGGAACAGAGGAAGGCCAAGAGACUUAACGUUAAUGUAGUCAAGGAUGAGGAUGGUAAUGUGAUUGGAAACGAAGAGGGUGGGGAGUUGGAGAGAGCGGCUAAUGAGGCGGAACAACAGGCUGUUGAUGAAGAGGACGAGGAAGAGGAGGAUUAUGAUCCGGGCAGUGAGGGAGACAGUGAGGGUAGUGGAACCAGUGAUGAGAGUGAGGAUGAUGAUGAGGGUGGUGGAGGUGGUCGGGAUGAUGACGAGGAGGAUGGCGAGGGGGACAAGGAUGAGUUAUGA